UACCGGUGCGCAGUCGGUGGUCGUGGUCGGUGUUAGGUGGUUAGAGGGAAACAGAUUUGACAGUUGGGCAGCGACGCCUGCGGACGAUAAACGCGGUUCCGUCCACGUGCUCCGGCACAGACGCCGGCGGGGGGGGGAGACGAAAAUAACCGGUAUUUUUAACGGACGCGAUCGUCGGGAUCUCGAUAUCGCCGAGAUUUCGCUCGUGACCGGAUAACAACCGAACCAGUCCCGAAGCCACGCAAACAACGGUGACGUACGAACGCGUAAACAACGAGCAGAGGACGUUAGGCUCUCCGUGCUCGAUCCACACGCCGCGCGGCAGCCCGAGUCUUGGCCGUGUUUUUCCGUGUUUUCUCGCCGCGGGCCGUUGUACCGCGCGCGCGACCCCUGUUUCGUGCCCAAACACGCAGUCCGACCGACCGUUGGAACGCAAACAGAAUAAGAAAAUAACAGACGCCUCGGAGAAUCAGUCUCGUGUCUAUCGUCGUAGGUGAUCGAAACCCGAGGAUGGUUACGUUUCGCGAUGGAACACGCACUCGACCGUGAACGGUGAUUCGUACGGAAGAGUGGAUCGUGUGCCUGCGAGUAUCGGUGCUUACAAGUACAAGUGCUGUCGAUAGUAAAUAGUAUCGAGCAUUUUUCUCGUGUUCGCGAUACCUACGAUUCGUGAUAGCUGUAUCGAAAAGGAAAUUCUCGCGAAGAACGCUGCGUUUUGGGGUUAGGUUGUUUUCGAUUAGAGCCGGGGCCAAGUGGAGUCGCGCGCGCGUGCCCGUGCCCGCGCACGUGCCCCUAAUCGAUCCGCCGAACCGAUCCACGAUCGUACCAGUGGGGUUUCGCGGAAGAAGAGUCUUGCGUCGUUUCGGGACGCGUAAAUAACAAAGGGGGGCGGCUGUGGACCGUGCGUCGUGCGACAAGGUGACCCUACGGCAGGAGUCCCGAGACGAUGAGCGACGGCAUAGUCGGUGCAAUCGCGAUCAGUUUGUUCGGCAGUGACAAGAAACGUCGGGAGAGCAUGGACGCCGGUUACACGAUUCUUGGCAACGACGUCGACGUCUGCAGAAUGUUCGACCAGUUCUCUUACAAGAGAAGCGAGAACAACCUCGAUUUUUCGCUGAACGUGCCGCAGCCCCACCAUCAUUCAGCGUCUUAUCAUCACGACGGUUACGCCAUGGCUGAUCAGACGUUUCACACACCAAGUUUCGGCGACGAGGACUUUGAAAUCCCCUCCAUUCACUCUCAUUCGCAUCAACAACAGCACCAACAGCAACAACGCCAACAACAGUCGCAACAGCAAUCUCAGCACGAUCCGAUGCACGGCUAUCAGUCUCAGAUGAUGCAGAACACCGGUGGUGGUAUCCAACAAUCCCCCGACGGAUUGAAUCUCGAUCCUGGUGGAUAUCAACAAUCGCUUUAUUUGCAACAAGACCACUCGUUACAACCGAUCAGCGUCAGUUCGACGUACAGUAACUCGCAGGGAUCGUACGCGACAAUGAGUUCACCUCGUCAGCACCACGAAAACCAGCAGAUGAUGUUGCUUCAGCAACAACAGCAGCGACAGCAAGCUCAAAUGCAGCAACAUAUGCAGUAUAUGCAUAAUCAACAGCAGCAGCAGCAACAACAGCAGCAGCAGCAGCAACAACAACAACAACAGCAGCAGCAGCAGCAACAACAACAACAACAACAAAUGCAACAGCAGAUGCAGUACAGGAGCCCGACGGGAGGCAGCCCGCCCGCAAUGCAGCAAAACACUGUUCCAGAACCAAACAACAACACUACCACCAGCGAGGACAGCGACGACAGCACGCCACACUCCGGGAUGAUCACAGGUAUCAAACGGCCCUCGCCUGAACCAGCAGACGUUGGAGCAAAGAAUCAAAGGAAACCAAAGUCGCAGAAGAAGAAGAAAAAGAGAGAUCCUAACGAGCCACAAAAGCCCGUUUCGGCGUACGCUUUGUUCUUCAGGGACACGCAGGCAGCGAUAAAGGGACAAAAUCCAAAUGCGAGCUUCGGCGAGGUGUCCAAGAUCGUUGCUUCGAUGUGGGACGCUCUGGAUAUCGAGCACAAGAACGUUUACAAGAAGAAGACCGAAGCCGCGAAGAAGGAAUACUUGCAGGCUCUGGCGGCUUACAGAGCAUCCCUCGUCAGUAAAGGAGCAGCUGAAAAUGAACAACAACAACAACAACAACAACAACAGCAGCAACCGUCACCGCAACAGCAGCAGCAACAACAGCAACAAGUUCAGUACGCAGCGUACGGCAGCUACGCCGGAAGUGGAACACCCGGGAACGUUUCUUAUCAAGUGUACAGCCCGCAACCUCAACCGCCGUCGCCUCAGCAACAACACGCGCAUCAGCAUCAGCAUCAACAUCAGCAUCAGCAGCAGUCGCAACAAAUGCAAAUGAAAAAAUCCCCCCAUCAUUUGGCAAUGUCAGGAAAUCAGCAACAACAAACGCAACAGGGUUUGAUGAACAAUUCAAUGGCGCCGACACAUAUGUCCCAACAACAACAGCAAUCGCAGUCACAGUCGCAGCAGCAGCAACAACAUAUGCAGCAGCAGCAGCAGCAGCAGGUCUCGCAGCAGCAAUACAUGCAACAGGUACAGCAACAGCAAGUACAGCAACAGGUGCAGGCACAACAACAGUCGCAGCAACAUCACCAUCAUCAACAGCAACAGAUGAUGCAUUCGAGUAAUCAAAAAGGGGAUUCGUUGUCGAGCCCGCCGUCAGUGAACUCUACCGCUCAAGCGACUAUGGGCGGUCAGAGACCCGCGUCUAACGCAUGCAUACGACACGGAUGCCCGAAUCCCGCUGUAGCCAACAGCGAAUGGGAGGACGAGUACUGCAGUAACGAAUGCGUGGUUAGCCAUUGCAGAGACGUGUUCACUACGUGGGUGUCUUCGAAUCAAAAUCCGCAGCAAAACUUCUCGACCGUAAAAUAAGAAUCUGUACACUAUGAUUGUAAUAGCGCGAUAAUCCUGAACGCGUACGGCUAUCGUUCGUUCCUAACCGACACGAGCACGCCUCGAUGCGUUUUGUGUACAUAGAUUGACAUGGAGGUCGCGUAAAAUCAAAAAAGAAGAAAAAGAAAAAAAAAGAAUAAAUAAAAGAGAAAAUCCCAGACCGACGACAUGAACACGCAUCUCUCUCUCUCUCUCUCUCGCUCACUCGCGCGCACGCGCACACACACACACACACACUGGUGCGUCAUUUCAAUGAAAGACUGUUUGCGACAGCACGAUGCUUGCGAACGCCGGAAACCCCACUUUGAUUAGGGCUGAGACUAUUAUUCGGAUGUUACUGUUUUAAUUUCAUUUUUUCCGCUGUAGGUUUCCUUGUAUGACAAAAUUAGCCAAGUGUUAUUACAUAUUACGGCUACUUAAACGCAUAUGGAUGUUAAGAUAUUCCGAAUUAACUUAGGAAACUCGAGUUCGCGAUAGUACUCGUGUAAUGAAGUAUCCACAUCGUAUUUAAAUCAUACUUGACGAAUAUUUGAAUCGCUAAAGGAUUAGAAUAAAAAACUAAUUUGACGAGUAACCCUAUUCUCGACGGAUCUUCCGGCGCCAUGACAAGCAUCCUCGCUGUUAUCGCGAAAGAGUAUUAGAAUCGCCAAAGUAGCCGAUUAAAUCGGGCUGUAGUUGGAAGGAAUCGAUAUAUCGUCGUCGUCGCUGUGCAUUUUUCGACGCAAUCGGAAACGAAAGAACGAUGAAUCGAGUGUAAGUAAAAUUGCAUUCCUGUGGACGUGGUUAGUUAGCGACCGUUUAACAAUAAUAAAGGUAAUUUCGUAGGAAUAUAUUCACAACCAUAGGAUACGUGUAUUUAAAAGUUGUUUGCUUGGCCAUGGAACGUGGGGUAUUGAUUGUGGUCGCAACGAACUCUAACACACACGUAUCGUACAAUCGUUCGAACGUGCGAUCGAAGGCACGAAAGUUGCCCUAACAUCGUAGAAAUCGGCAUUUUCGAAUAACUACCUUAGUUUCCGCAACGCUAACACAACUGUCGAGUCUUCGGUUGUACGCUAGCGAAAUUAAGUAGCGUGACUUACGAUCUCACGAUACGGUGAACAUACUCGUGGACCAGAGAGUCUGCGUAUCAAUGACGCGCACUCCGUUUCAAGUUCUUUCGCGAGUUCCAAAGUUCGGCGCGCGUAUUCGAAUCGACGAAAAUACGCUUCCGCGAGAUUCCCACGUAAAAGAAGGGAUUAGGAAAACUGAUUUAAACAGCAAACGAACUGGUGGUUGCGUUCUCGUUUCGAAAAAGGUGGCUGCGGACUUGCAACGCAAUUUAUUUUUGUAUAAUUUUACAAACGAUCGAUCCCAUAUAUAGCAAUACGCGACUCACGACGGACACGAGUAAAGAAAGAGCGACGACGUCGAGUGGUUCAGUAUUGAUUUGGACGGUUUCCGGUAGUUUUGUUUGUUACACACUUGGUUCGUUUGACGACCUAUUUCGGGAAGAUUUGUCGCGUAACUCCGAUGUCGUUGUUCUUUAAAUUGAUUGCUGGCGAGCAGAGCUAUUGGUGGGACUGAUACAAAUCGUAUCAACGAUACGUUAUACGCAUCUACCUCGCGCAUAAGUGACAUUUGGGUGAAUCAUUUCUCCGCUGGCAGCGCUAAUACUUGACGAAUACCCGUGUACUUUGUUCAAGUUUCGAUGCUAUUGAAAUUAACGCUAAUCGGUAUCAAUACCAAGUAGAUAUCGAUAUAUCGCUGUAAAUAUAAUAUAUAUGGAAUAGGAACUAAAAUUUAAUCGUUGCGAAACAAGCAAUCCAAAGAAAUAGAUACAGUUUCGAGUAAUUAACGUCUACUCGAUUUUUACGGUAUCGAAUCGAUGCAUAUUCGCUAUAAAAGUUGAGAUGUUGGUUGAAAAAGUAUUAGGUAUCGUACGUAAUCCAUUCGUGUCAGUACUCGUCCGAGCAUCCAAAUGGUUCAAGAGGAAACGAUACUGUGUUUUCUAGUAUCGAUGGCAUCGAUACGGUAUCAGUCCCAUCAUUGUCCAAAGCGAACCCGUGUCGUUAUUUAUUUGAAAUUAGUCGAUUGUUCAAUAACGUAAUCUCCUGCAGUAACGCGAGCUUUCGAUUGUGGGAGAAGCAUCUAAAAUCGAUUAUCGAACUUCACUAGGCACGCAGUAGAGAAGACCGCGUACGCGCGGCAACAUAUGUACGCACCAAAUGUGCACACAAACGCAACGCGUAUGCGCGGAACGUUCAUCUUGCCAAACUUUCGUGAUUCUACGAGACUCUGGAUCGCUGAAAGAAGCAUUUGGGAAUAUAGCGUGCUAUAAUGUUUGUAUUGAAAGAUGUAACGUUUCCGUGUGACCUUAUCGAUAUAAGUUUUUUUAAAACCUCUUUUUUUUUUUAACAUCCCUGUACAUAGAGAAAGAAAUAUUCCAUAGAUUUUUAAGUAUA